AUGAGCGAGGUGUUCUUGAAAAAGUCGAAGCAUGAAGAAGAAGAAAACGGUGGAGAGAACAGCAGAGAAGAGCAAGAAGAGCAAGAAGAGGCAUUUGUUGCUUUGAUCGAACACCGUACCAAAGAAGUUGAGCAUCUCAAACAGCGUAUCUCCUAUUACAAAUCUCAGCUUGAUGAAGCAGAGAAGAGGUUGCAAGAUUCACAAUCUAAAUUGGCUCAUCUUCGAGGCCGAGAUAAGGCAGUGUCGUCUAGAAGUUCUCCGGCUAAUGGAACUAAAAAUGUUAAGGUGGAGCGGAGAUCAAUCAGUCCUGUUCGUGUUGAUGAAGAUCCUUCUAGAAGCCAACCUCAAUCUAGAACGGAACUGGUAAUUCCUGCUGUGAAUCCCAAGAUUUCUCAGCCCAUAAAAUCAACAUGGUCUGGCAUGAGAGAUCCUGUUGGGUCCAGUGCUCAAGGAAGUCCUGCCUCUCACCCCAACAGUGUUGUAAAAGGGGAAAAAUCCUAUAGAAAUUCUCGUGAUACAGAAGUUGUUGAUGUUCAAGAUAGAGGAACAAAAAGGAAAUUUGAGCAGAAAGAACAUAAAGAAUUGAUCCCACUGGUGCAAAGCAGCUCUUCACCUUGCACAAUUCGCUGUCAUACGAGCAACCACAUCUCUAGUCAGCACAAAAGAAAGUUGAGAAGUCUUUCGUUGUGCCCAGUGAAUGAUCAGCUUUUUGUGACCAGGUAAUUAGGUGUUUCAUUA